CAGUAUUAUUUUGUAAUCUGUCACAUUUACAGCCAAAAUGAAUCCCAAAAUUCUGUCAGUAUUACUACUGCUUGCUCUGGUAACAAUUGUAGUUUUGAUCUGCAUUUUGAUGUCAGGAAAAACGUCUAAAAAUGCUCCUUGGACGGCAGAGUCACCGAGCACUGUCUAUCCAAAACAUGAUGAGAAGAGCAAGAUCUUCUCUGAUCUUAGUUCCUCUGAGCUGCAGACUGUGGAGAACUAUCUCAAGAGGCAGAUUGGGAUGAAUCUAGUGAAUGUUUUCUUCGCAAAUCCCUCAGACAAUUACAUCUACUUGAUUGAACUGGAGCUUCCCAAGAAAAGGGAAGCCUUGGAAUACUUAGAUAUGGAGGGACCCAAACCUGUGAGGGAGGCCCGGGCUGUGGUUGUCUUUGGGGCUGUGCACCCCCCAAACGUUACAGAAUAUGUGGUUGGCCCACUACCAAACCCGGCUUACCACAUGGAUAUCACACGGAAUAAGUAUAACCCCAUACAUUUUAAUGCCAGACCAGUGCUUGUGAAUGAAUACCAGCAGAUCUCAUCCACUAUCAAUGAUGAAUUCGCUAAAGCACCGCGAACCAUGAAUGAUACGUUUGGUGCAGACUGGCAUAAGCUCGCUCGCAUAACCGCAGGACCGAGAGGGUUCCGUUCGGGAGACCGGAAAAGUUGGAUUGUUAUUUUCCAAAACGUAAGCGGUUUUUUUCUACACCCUGUUGGUUUGGAAGUACUGGUUGAUCACAGUAGUUUGAAUCUGUCGGAAUGGAGCGUUAAGAAAGUGUUUUACUGUGGCCAGUAUUUUAAUGGCAUGAGGGAGGUAGAAGCACAUCAUAUUAACGGCACUCUCCCCCUAAAUAAAUUUAAGCAGGUCCAUUUCGAGUACGAAAAUUAUGCAUCAUUAAAACCCAAAAAGAAGCACAUAAGCUUGGCUCCUGUGCAAUUCCCUUUGCACGGUCUGAGGUACAGCGUUCAAGACAACCACGUCAUGUACUAUCGCUGGAGUUUUUCGUUUGGAGUCAGUCUGGUGUCGGGCAUGCGGUUGUUUGACAUCAGAUAUGAUUGGGUAAGAAUCGCUUAUGAACUGAGUGUACAAGAAGCAAUUGCAGUCUAUGGUUCGAAUACCCCAGCUUCUACCAUGAACCGUUACAUAGACGGAAGCCACGGGCUUGGCAGAUUUGCGCAUCAGUUAGUCAGAGGGGUUGACUGUCCAUACCUGGCAACAUAUGUAGACACUGAGGCAUGCAUAGAUCCAUUUAGCUUUCGAAAAACCCGAGACAGCAUCUGCAUUUUUGAAUACAAUGCUGAGAUUCCGCUGAGGCGCCAUUUUUCAGAUUUAAAUUAUUUCAAUUAUGGAGGGCUGACAAACUCUGUAUUGGUUAUCAGAACAACAUCUACGGUGGGCAACUAUGAUUACAUCUGGGAUGUCAUAUUUUACCAAAAUGGAGCGAUAAAAUUUCAAGCACAUCCUACCGGUUACAUAUCCACUGCAUACUUCUAUGGGGAUAACGCGAAAUAUGGACACAGAGUUGGGGAGACCUCUUUAGGGGUAAUCCAUACUCACUCAAUGCACUUUAAGGCAGACUUGGAUAUUGCAGGAAUAAACAAUACUUUAGUGGGAGAAGACAUAGAGUUUGAGCCUGUGACAAUCCCGUGGGACAAGAAAGAGCAUUUAAACGUUCCAAAGCUUGUUAAGAAAGUGGUGAAAACAGAAAAUGAAGCUGCCUAUAAACUUCAAGAUAAGAUGCCAAGAUACUUGAUGUUUAAAAGCAACAAAACCAAUAAAUGGGGUGAAUCGCGUUCCUACAGGAUUCAGGUCAUCAGUUUUCCUGGAGAGCAUUUGCCAGAAAGCAGUGCAGAAGAAAAAGGAGUAUCCUGGGCAAGGUAUAAAGUUGCAGUGACAAAACACAAAGACAGGGAGCAAACCAGCAGCAGCCUUUACAAUCAAAAUGAUCCAUGGAAGCCCCCAGUGAACUUUGCAGACUUCAUAAAUAAUGAAAGCAUUGUGAAUGAGGAUCUUGUUGCCUGGAUAUCAGCAGGCCUUCUUCAUAUUCCACAUGCGGAGGACAUCCCAAACACAGUGACAGUUGGUAAUGGAAUUGGAUUCUACCUGAGACCUUUUAAUUUCUUCAAUGAGGAUCCCUCUAUAAACUCUGAAGAUUCUGUUUACAUUGAGAAAGGCAGUGAUCCAACAUCAUGUGAAACCAACCCAGUUGCCUGCCUUUCAAAAACUGCCUCAUGUGUGCCACAUCUGCCUCCAUUCACCUAUAAUGGUUUUGAUGAUACUGUCAAUGUUUUCUAAUGUCUGGGUUACUGGAAGAGCAGAAACACAUGUGCCUUAUGAACAGUUUUACUCAACAUAAAGAACAAUUUGUUUUUGAAGUUUGUUAUUUACUGUUGCUGAGCAGUACUUAAAAUAGAAAUAAAUUUAAUUUAGAAAAUGUUAAAUUCUGCAUUAAAGCUGCUUCAUGCUGCAUUUUUAUCAGGUUGAAAAGUAGCUGCUCCAACCAGAAGAACUAAGCAGUUUCAUGCAAAAUGUAAAUAUUUCUGUCACACUGACCCUUUUCUGAUUAAUAUAGUACAGUGAAAUGAUAUCACAUUAGUGUAAAUUAAUCUACCUCCUGCAUAUGUCAUUAGUGAACAAUUAUUCUAGUGUUUUUCUUUCUUACAGUAUGGCAAUUAAGAUGGGCAGGUGAGAGAACACAAAAAUGUCUAUAUCCAGUAGAGGGUAGUAUAGAAUUCAUGUAGUGCAACUCUUCUUAAGUGGAUGCUGUCAUCAUUGAUUUAUGACAUAAUAGUGUUCAUUUUAAACUGGGGUACACAAGCUAUGUUAUUUAAAUGUUGUAGACCCUUUUUCACUGGCACUAAAUUAUAGCAGAUAUUGCAUACUGUCCAUAUGCCUGAGGAACUGAACAAGUAGAUAGUUCAUAGACAAAGUGUGAGCAAUUGGCUUUAAACUCAUGUUUGGAAAAACUAAAGUUAAAAUUAAAUGUGAAACUUCUGUGGGCAUUAGUACUGAAAAUACAAAAACAUAGUGUGAGAGAGGUGGUGGUGGUCAUGGUCAGAGUGUGACAUGCUGUGUUGCACAAGUACACGCAUCAAGGGUGGUAUCGCCAAUGACAUAGUGUUCUCUGCUGACCUUAUUUCCAUGUAUUUCUGCUCACAAAACAGUUGUACUAGGUUAGAGACUUCAGAAUGUGUUUCACAUGUAUUUU